CAUACACACUCACAGCUGUUGAUACUUCUCUCUCUGAUGAGCGCCGGAGCAGCCGAGCAGCAGAGUCUGCAGGAAUCUGCGAGAAUCUGCUGUCUGCCGGCAGCUCCGCCAAAGAGCACAUUUAUGGGAAACUCGGAGAGACAAGUGGACCAACUGGUUUUCUGAUUCGCCGCCCUGCUCUCACUUUUUCUGUCAUUCGUAUCCCGCUCUUUCUCUCUCGUUCUCUACCGGCUUCUCUUCUGCUGGGACUCACUGUUGGAAUUUUGAGCACAGACAGCGAGCAGCAGCAGUGAAAAACAGAGACAUGUGUUUGGCCUCAGCCGCCUGCUACUACUGCCUCUUCUCUCCUAUUCACUGACCAAAGAGGAAAUACAAGGUGAGAGUCAGAGCGGCAGCCAUAGAGCAGACGAGUUGAGGUGAAGCAGGCAUGAGUGCUGACAGUCAUCAGGGGGUGGUGACCACUCCUCCCCCACCCAGCGGAGGGACCAGGGAGCGAUACUUCGACCGGGUCAACGUCAACGAUCCAGAGUACAUCAGGGCCAGAAACAUGUCGCCCGACCUCCGGCAGGACUUCAACGUUCUGGAGCAGAAGAAACGUGUCACACAGAUACUACAGAGUCCUGCUUUCAAAGACGAGUUGGAGAGUCUGAUCCAGGAGCAGCAGCGGAAAGGCAACAACCCCACCGGCCUGCUGGCCCUCAGACAAAUCGCAGACUUCUUCAUGGCCAGCUCAGUGGCCGGCUUCAACACCUCCCCUCUCAGUCUGGGGAUGGUCACGCCCAUCAACGACAUGUACGGAGUGGAAUCGACCACACUGGUGAAAGGCGAGAAGCUGACACGCUGUAAACUGGCCAGCCUCUACAGACUGGUGGACCUGUUCAGCUGGGCACACUUCGCCAGCUCUUAUAUUACAGGCAGAGUCAGUAAAGAGCAAGACCACAUCCUCAUCAUCCCCAGAGGGCUGUCAUUUGCUGAGGCAUCUGCAUCAAACCUGGUGAAAGUCAACAUCAUCGGGGAUGUCAUCGAACAGGGCUCCACCAACCUGAGGAUCGACCCUGCAGGUUUCAGCCCUCAUGCUGCCAUCUACUCCAUGCGUCCAGACAUCCGCUGCAUCAUACACGUGCACACUCCUGCCACGGCAGCUGUGUCAUCUAUGAAGUGCGGGAUUCUGCCCAUUUCCCAGGAGGCACUGAUCCUCGGUGAUAUCGCCUACUACAACUACCAGGGCAGCCUGGACGACCAGGAGGAGCGCAGAGAGCUGCAGAAGGCCCUGGGCCCCUCAGCAAAGGUUUUGGUGUUGAGGAAUCACGGCGUGGUUGCUCUCGGAGAGACUAUCGAAGAGGCCUUUCACUACAUCUACAAUGCCCAGUACGCCUGUGAAAUCCAGGUGAAUGCAAUCUCAUGUGCUGGCGGUGUGGACAACCUUAUAGUGCUGGACCAGGAGAAGUACAAGUCGCGAGUGUUCGCCGUGGCCUCAGCGGCUUCUGUCAACAUGGCCGGUCAGUACAAGUGGAAGAUUGGCGAGCUGGAGUUUGAGUCUCUGAUGAGGAUGCUGGAUAAUCUGGGCUACAGGACGGGUUACGCAUACCGGCACCCCAUCAUCCGGGAGAAGCCGAGGCACAAGAGCGAUGUGGAGAUCCCUGCCACCGUCACAGCAUUUAUGUUCGAGGAGGACGGAGACGCUGCUACACGGCUGCCCUUCAAGUUCCUGCAGCAGCGGCAGCAGAGGGAGAAAACACGCUGGCUCAACUCACCCAACAGCUACACCAAGGUCAGCGUGGAGGGCGGAGAGGAGCGCUACAACAGCCGGACAACCACGUGGAUGAAGGCGGAGGAGACGGGAACCCCGAUCCGGAUCGAGGACCCCAAUCAGUUUGUCCCUCUCAACACAGACCCCAGUGAGGUUCUACAGAAGAGGAAUAAAAUCAGAGAGCAGAACCGGUUUGAUGUGAUGUCAUCAGGGCCGCGCUCUCAGCACCUUGCAGGCAUCCCUGUUGAUGAACCACGACGGGAUCUGGUGCAGAUUAAAGUUCUGCCAUACGUGCCCACAGAGGAGGACCAGAUGGCUCCCCUGCCUCCCAACCCCUUCAACGAGCUGUCAGAGAAGGACCUGGAGGAGUACCGCAAGAACGUGGAGAGGAGGCAACUCGGCCUCAGUGAUGGCGAACACGAGCUAACCUCUGAUGACGGCUCCACUCUCUCUCAGUCUCUGUCUCUCACCCAGUCCCCGCAAAGCACUCCAGCUAAAGAAGAGAACCACACGGGCCUGAUGAAUGGCAAAGACGACCACGGUGACGUGGACGAGGAGCUGUCGAAGCGCGUCAGUCAGCUGACCACCAGCGUGGAGAGCGUGGAGAUCACAGUGCGCUCCGGCGAGAAGAUUGAGGAGGCGCUGUCCCCUGAGAGCUCCCCCUCCAAGUCGCCCAACACCAAGAAGAAGAAGAAGUUCCGCACCCCGUCCUUCCUGAAGAAAAACAAAAAGAAAGAGAAGACGGAGGCCUGAGAGCAAACAGGCAGCAGGGGCGAGGCAGGCAGGAAGACCAUCUGUGUAGAAGAAGAAAGAGAGGCGGCAGCCUCCUUUUCUGUUUAAUGUCUCUGUUUUUAUUUUGUCUCCGUUUUCGAUGUCCUUUUAUGUUUUUAAUUUUAUUUGAUUUUUUUUUAACAAAAGGUUUUAUGCGCAAAGGAAAGGAAAAAGAUCUGUUGGUUUGUAACAAAAAAGAAGAAAAGGUCUCUCCUUCUGCAAAAAGACAAUGUUUGGGAGAUUUCGGGGUGGGUAUGUGGGUCCACAAGGUAAAAGUGCAGCAGAUGUGGGGUGACUGGGGCAGGUGUUGGUGUGUCUCCACACCUCAUCACCUAUGCAGUGCUCUAACAGGGCGCCUUGGAAGUGUCACUUGAGGCCAUUUUAGAUCCUGAAUAACUGGCUCCUCCUGUGUUUUUUUUUUCUUCCCCAGGCUGAAAACAGAACUUGAAACCAUGCUACGUAUUUUCUUGCUUCAAAAUCCAAUUUUAUGAAAUGAUUGGAUUGCAGCAUGAGCGUUGUAAAAAUGCAUAAGCUGAAACUAAACUCCCCUGUCUUUUUGAGAUUUGUGGGUUCUGUUUUUUUUUUUAACAUCCUGGUCACCUGACUCUGGAUAGAGAACCAAGAGGCUACAUAAAAUUUCAAGUCACACUGGAAAAGUGGUCUCAGAAAAACAGCCAUGGGGUUAGUGUUGAUUUAUUUACUGUGAGAGUUUGCUCUUGGUUCUGACUCGCUCAUAUUCUUCAAGCUACUUUAGGCGCAGGCUUCUGAUACAAACAUUCUCUUCAGCUGAUUGUGGUUGGACUGCAGAUGGCUUAUAAAGGGUUAGUAGACUAGACCAGACAGGAGGAAGUCUGGUAGUCUAUCACAACAUUGAUCUCAAACUAAAUAUUUAUGUAGCAUUUUCAUAUCUUGUCCUCUUCAUCUCAGUGUGUUUUUUUUUUUUUUUUUGCCAAAUGAAAUGGAAACAAAACAAUCUCAUUUUAGUCGGACGUAACUGUUUCGUUUGUCAUCUCAUGAAAUUUGAUCUUUUUUAUUGAACACAAAUUUAGUCGACUGUGUUUUGUACUCAUUUUUAAGCUUUUACAGAGAAUACAGAUGUUACGCAUGUUUUCUCUUUAUUGCAAGGAUUGAAUUUAUUUGGCUGGCUAUGUUCUGUAGUGAUGCCUGAUUGCUCAAAUUAUAUUCUAAUCUUCAGAGUACACAAAGUUACUAUAUAACACAGACAUAUGAAAAAACUGGAUAUGUUGGCUAUAGAUUUUUAACUAUAUAUUUUUUAUUUUAUUGUGCAGCACUUUUCUUAUGGUUAUAUAACACAUUUUCGUUGCAGGUGGUUUCACCAGUGAAGGAGAUUGUGAAGUAUUUGGUAAAAGUUGUGCAAGUAGCAGGCGAGGCAUGGUGUCGGAGAGAGGUCAGGACCCAGAAAGUGAGUCAAAUGAAGGCGGAAAAAAUAAAUCUUUCAUUGGUGUCACACAUGAGAAAAAGAUUUCUACUCCUCAACUCAUGGGUCGUAGAGAGUGGAGCGCUGACGUCUUUCGUUUGGUUGGUUUGUGUGCAUAUGUGUGUGUGUUUUUUAAAGCCAUAUUGUAAUUUUAUUCCUCCAUUACUUUUCAUAAGACAAGGGUUGCGAUUCUCAUCUGCCUGCCCAGGCGUCAUGGACCCUGAGAAGACCUCUGUUAAAUCACCCCAGUGACUGCAUCGACACCCCUCAGGCUCCCCAAAAUGUAACUUUAUUAUUGUUUUGGGUUUUUUGGUUUUUUAGUAGCUGCAUUCACAGCAGCUACGCUUCCUUGCUUAAUUCGCCGUUUAUUUCCUCCUAGAACUGGAACAUUAUAAGGAGGUCAUAUGGGCAUGUUAUUUUUUAUUGGAUCACUCUGCGAGCCCAGUUCAAUAUGUCAGCUUCUAAAGCCUCCCCUCAUGUAAUUUCUCUAGUAAACACAGUCGUGCUGUAACUGUCCAAUGACCCACAGUUGAACUCUGCAAAGCCAAAGUGUGAUGGGUUUCCACAUAUCCUCCCCCCGCAGUUUAACCAGAUGUACCAAUAUCCCAGCUAGCAAUGUGAAGUAUUGGAUUUGGAGGGAGGGCGGGAGGGUUUCGGGGGGCAUCUUUAGCUGUGUUAAACGAUAGUUUUUUGGCUCUGGGCAAAGAGCCGAGGUCACACAACUGAAAGAUGGAGAAUGGAGGUGUGAGUUUGGAAAUGCAAGUUGCAUAUGUGUGUAGCAGAGGCGGGCAGGGGGAAAGGACAACUUGACACUAACACACCAUGUUUUUAUCACUCAGACUGUCUUUUUUUUCUUUCAUACCAUCUCUCCUCCUGGAAAUUUAUCUUCUUUCAUCCUCCAUUUGUAUCGCAGUACGCUUUUUUUCUUUUAGUUUGCAGAGAGCACUAGGCUUUUUUUUUCUUUUUUUAUUAAGCAUUUCACAAGCAGAAAUUGCUCCCAGAUGAACUGAAUGUGCAUUGCAUCCCUUUUUUUCUCCUCUUCUGUUUCUGACUGUUUGCACCUUGCUUUACUAAUGCCUCUAUCCACACUUUUUUUUUCUGUUUUUAAAAAAAAUAAAUAUAAAGAACGAGUUUUGCUUUGGCAUGCCAGAAUGAGCCAAGCUACUUUGUGACCUGUGAAAAUCCUAUAUAAAUGGUUAUCUAAUGGAGUUGCUUUUAGAUGUAUUGCUAAUCCGUGUAAAUUCACAAAUAAAACUGUAUUUUAAGAAA